CUCUCAUUGUUGAAUGGUCAGGAGGUGUGUGAAUGUGUUCAUCUUUGCUGAGGAGGGGCUGCAUGUGUGCAGGAGCGUGUGUGAGUGUGUAUUCGUGUGCGUGUGUGCAGAACUGUUUUAAAACAGCAUUGUUCCUGAUAGAGGGAAAGCUGUGCCGUGCUGUUUGGAAAAUCCAAGGUCAUUUGAGCCUAGUCACAUGCGCCGUAUGAGAGCGUGCAUGUGUGACUGAGUGUCUGUGAGCGUGUGUGUUUCUCUCUCUCCCUCUCUCCCUGGCUAUGUGAUAGAGAAAGAGGCUGCAGGCAAAGAACAGAGAAUUUCAUCAGGUUUUCCAUCAAUGUACGGUGUUUGUGGAUGCUGUGGGGCCCUGAGACCCCGUUAUAAGAGGCUGGUGGAUAACAUCUUUCCUGAGGACCCUGAGGAUGGUUUGGUGAAAGCUAACAUGGAGAAGCUCACUUUUUACGCCUUGUCUGCUCCGGAGAAACUUGACCGUAUCGGUGCCUACCUGUCAGAGAGACUGUCCAGAGACGUUGCCCGGCAUAGAUAUGGGUAUGUUUGUAUUGCGAUGGAGGCAUUGGACCAGCUGCUGAUGGCCUGUCACUGUCAGAGUAUAAACCUUUUUGUGGAAAGUUUCCUUACUAUGGUGCGCAAGCUGCUCGAAGCAGACAAACCCAAUUUACAGAUUCUGGGCACUAACUCAUUUGUGAAGUUUGCGAACAUAGAGGAGGACACGGCAUCAUACCAUCGUAGCUACGAUUUCUUUGUGUCACGCUUCAGUGAGAUGUGCCAUUCCAGUUAUGAGGAUCCAGAUAUUCGCACAAAGAUUCGUAUGGCAGGGAUCAGGGGUCUUCAGGGGGUGGUGAGGAAAACUGUCAAUGAUGAACUGCAGGCAAAUAUUUGGGACCCCCAACACAUGGACAAAAUCGUGCCAUCUCUCUUGUUCAACCUCCAACAGGAAGAAGGCAUAGAGAGGUCUCCUUCUCCAGAGACAGAGAAGGAGAAGGAGAGUCCAGUGGAACUAACAGAGAGAUGCUUUCGAGAGCUGCUAGGACGAGCGGCCUACGACAACAUCAAGAACGCUGUGAAACCUGUGCUCAUGCAUCUUGAUAACCAUUCACUCUGGGAGAGCAAAACAUUUGCAGUGCGCUGUUUCAAAAUCAUUAUGUACUCUAUACAGUCCCAACAUUCACAUCUGGUGAUUCAGCAGCUGUUGGGCCAUUUGGAUGCCAACAGUAAGAGUUCAGCCCAAGUGCGUGCUGGGAUAGUGGAGGUGAUCUCAGAGGCAGCUGUCAUAGAGGCCAGUGGAUCCAUAGGACCCACAGUACUGGAAGUGUUUAAUACUCUACUGAAGCAGCUCAGGCUCAGUGUGGACUAUGAGCUCACAGGAACCUACGACUCUUUUGCAAACCUGGGCUCCAAGGUCAUUAAAGUACACGAGGAGAGACAACUCCAAGAAGCUGUCAUCAAAACUAUUGGCACAUUUGCAAACACAUUGCCCACCUACCAACGCUCAGAAGUCAUGCUGUUCAUCAUUGGUAAAAUUCCUGUGCCAGGCAUGUAUCCAGCUCUGGGGUCGGCCAACACCGGGGUUGAGGGCAGCAGGAUGAUCCAGAUUAUGCUGCUGAAGUCUCUGCUGCAGGUAACAGCAGGAUUCCAGUCUACAAACAUUUUGACGGCACUUCCCACCUCAUUCCUGGACCCGCUCUUGUCCUUCACGCUGAUGGAGGACGCAGAGAUCCGUCUACUUGUUCUUGACAUCCUCAUCAGCAUCAUUGAUCGCCAUGACAACCGGCACAAAUUCUCCCCUGUCAGAAUUAUCUCAGAUAUCUCAGUACUGAAGUUGAAAUUAGACAAGUGCUCAAGGCAGGAUAACCUGUUCAUGAAGAAACACAGCCAGAGGCUGUACCGCCACAUUUACCUGGCCUGCAAAGAGGAGAGCAGCGUCCAGCGGCACUUUGAGUCUCUGUAUACGCUGCUGGGGUUGAUCUGUGUGGAGCUGGCCAAUGAGGAGGUGGUGGUGGACCUGAUCCGACUGGCUUUGGCAUUACAGGACCUGGCCUUGACUGAAGAGGCUCUUCCUGCAUACAACCGCUGUGCCAUCCACGCUCUGUCAGCUGUGUACCUGAACCUCAUCAGUCAGCUGACCACUGUGCCCACCUUCUGCCAACAUGUCCAUGAGGUGAUUGCAUCGAGAAAGAAAUCUGUCCCUUUCCUGCUGCCAGAGGAUGUUCUUGUUGAGAGCUCAAAGAUCCCAGAGAAGUUGGAGAAGGUGGAAGGAGAGGUGCUGUUUUUGCAGGCUAAGAUAGCAGAGAUGCUGGGUGGCAGCGGAUACAACACAGAGAGACUGGCCACUCCAUACAUCCCACAGAUCACAGAUGAAGACAGACUGUCUAAGAGGAAGAGUAUUGGAGACACCAUCUCCCUGCAGUUAGAGAUGGAGUCUAGAAACAGUCCAGAGAAAGAGCAGAGAUCCACAGCAGAGCAGAUAACGUUUGAAACUCUUAAACAAGCCAUUGGAGACAGCGUGAAUGUGGAGGAGCUGGAGAGAGAGCGCAGAAGGCAGGUGGUGGAGAGGUUUCAGACCGCCCCGUUUGAGGAGAUAGCAGCCCACUGUGGGGCGAGGGCUUCACUGUUGCAGAGUAAACUCAACCAAGUCUUCGAAAUCACAAUCAGGCCUCCACCGAGUCCAUCUGGCUCUGUUGGGAAUGGUCACGGCCGGAGCCACUCCAUACCAGUCUAUGAAAUGAAGUUUCCAGACCUCUGUGUAUAUUGAGAGACCCCGGAGCCCUAGUCACCAUACACAGCUGUUUUCAUCGCACUUUU